UUCAAAAUAACAACUCAUCGUUACUUAGCACUCUAAAUUCUAUUAAACCGAAUAACACAUUACACGUAUGGCGCACAAGACUAUGCCAAUUUCAAUAACACAUCACAAGCCAAAAUUAGUUGUUCCAUCAAUUAUAACACCCCAUGAGAUAAAACAUCUUUCUGAAAUAGAUGAUCAAGGGAGUACUCGUUUCCAUGUUUCUAUAUUAAUGUUUUAUAAAUAUAAUUCUUUAAUGGAAGAUAAAGAUCCCGCAAAAAUUAUUAAAGAUGGAUUAUCUAAAACACUUGUUUUUUAUUAUCCAUUAGCUGGUAGACUCAUUGAAGGGCCUAAUAAGAAGCUUAUGGUAAAUUGCAAUGGUGAAGGAGUCUUGUUUAUUGAAGCUGAUGCUAAUGUGGAGCUUGACAAAUUAGGUGACUCUAUUAAACCACCAUGUCCAUACUUAGAUUUACUACUUCACAAUGUUCCUGGUUCUGAUGGGAUUAUUGGUUGCCCUCUUUUGCUAAUUCAGGUGACCCGUUUUAGCUGUGGUGGAUUUGCGGUUGGAUUUAGAGCUAAUCACACUAUGGUGGAUGCAUAUGGUAUCAAAAUGUUUCUAAAUGCAUUAAGUGAAUUAAUUCAAGGAGCUUCUACACCUUCCAUAUUACCUGUAUGGCAAAGGCAUCUCCUAAGUGCUAGAUCAUCACCAUGCAUUACACGUACUCACCAUGAAUUCGAUGAGCAAAUUGAAUCAAAAAUUGCAUGGGAAUCUAUUGAAGAUAAGUUGAUACAACAAUCAUUUUUCUUUGGAAAUAAGGAGAUGGAAGUAAUUAAAAAUCAAGUUCCUUCAAAUUGUGGAUGUACAAAAUUCGAGUUAUUAGUGGCGUUUUUAUGGAAAUGUCGUACCAUUGCUCUUGAUUUGCACCCUGAAGAAAUUGUUCAUUUGACAUAUCUUAUUAACAUACGUGGAAAGUCACUAGAAUUUGAAGUACCAUCUGGAUAUUAUGGGAAUGCAUUCAUUACUCCAGCUGCAAUAUCGAAAGCAGGAUUAUUAUGUUCAAGUCCACUAGCAUAUGCAGUUGAAUUGAUCAAGAAACUUAAAGAUCAUAUGAAUGAAGAGUACAUUAAAUCACUAACAGAUUUAAUUGUAAUUAAAGGGAGACCAGAGUUAUCAAAAUCUUGGAAUUUCAUUAUCUCAGAUAAUAGGUCUGCUGGGUUUGAUAAAUAUGAUUUUGGAUGGGGAGAGCCUAUUUUUGGUGGAGUUCCUAAAGCUGUAUCAUUAAUUAGUUUUGGUGUGCCUGUUAAAAAUGAGAAUGGAGAAAAGGGUAUUUUGAUAGCUAUAAGUUUGCCUCCUUUUGCUAUGAAAAAAUUUCAAGAGGUUGUGUAUAACCUUACUUUAAGAAAUGUGGAAGGAGCCAACAUAAUUUCAAAGAUGUAAAAGUACUUGUCCUUCUGGUAUGAUAUUUAUAAAUCAAGUAUUUGUUUUAUGUUC